AUGCAUGAAGAAACGUCGGGUAUGAGCGUUCCCAGCUCUGUUGCCGUAUCUACCGUCGUACAAAAUGAAAACGGCACGUCUACUACGGUUUCUGUGGUCAAUGCCGAUGCCGAGGUGGAAUUGGAAGUUGUAACAGACAAUGACAAUGUAGAAUUGCAAGUGCCUUUCUCCACUAAUUCAGGAGGAGUCAACACGCUGUCUGGGAUCGACAUGGGCCCCAGCUAUCAGAUAGCCGGCUCUGCCACUUCUCUCACCGGUGUUGGAGACAUUACAGACACCAAAGACGGAAUUGAGGAACUGUGUCCUGUGUGCGGGGAUAAAGUUUCGGGGUACCACUACGGCCUGCUUACCUGUGAAUCUUGUAAAGGAUUUUUCAAACGAACCGUGCAAAAUAAGAAAGUUUAUACGUGCGUCGCUGAAAGGAGUUGUCAUAUUGACAAAACCCAGAGGAAGAGGUGCCCUUUUUGCAGGUUUCAGAAAUGUCUGGAAGUUGGGAUGAAGCUAGAAGCUGUUCGAGCAGACAGGAUGAGGGGCGGGCGAAAUAAAUUCGGACCCAUGUACAAGAGGGAUCGGGCCAGAAAGUUGCAGAUAAUGCGGCAGCGGCAGUUGGCGGCGCAAACGUUGAGGGGCGGAUUAGGGGCCGAUAUGUAUUCCGGACAACCGGGCACUUCGCCCUUCGCCAACAUCCACAUCAAACAAGAAAUACAAAUACCUCAAGUGUCCUCCCUUACCUCAUCGCCAGAUUCGUCGCCCAGUCCCAUAGCCGUAGCUUUAGGUCAGGUGAACUCAUCCUUGGUGCAGCCCACGUCCAAUCAGCAGCCCGCUCUCCAGAUCGUCGGCGUUCCUGGAGGUCACUCGUCGAUGGUCAUGGGCCCAGAAAACAAGCUCUGGGGCCAAGCGAACUCCACCACCACAUCACCCCUUAGUCCCAAAGUGUUCCAAUUCGAGACUGUCGUACCGGGCAGCAGUGUACCGCCUUCGAGUAAAGUGUCGCCGCUCAUUAGGGAUUUCGUGGCCGCCGUUGACGAUCGCGAAUGGCAAAACUCUUUGUACACUCUUUUACAAAACCAGACGUACAAUCAGUGUGAAGUGGACUUAUUUGAACUAAUGUGUAAAGUUUUGGACCAAAAUCUCUUUUCUCAAGUCGAUUGGGCGAGGAAUUCGAUAUUCUUUAAAGAUCUCAAGGUGGACGAUCAAAUGAAACUUCUGCAGCAUUCAUGGUCGGAUAUGUUGGUGCUGGAUCACAUACACCAGCGCACGCACAAUAACCUCCCCGACGAAACCACCCUCCACAACGGCCAGAAAUUUGACCUCCUCAAUUUGGGAUUGCUCGGCGUCCCGAGUCUGGCCGACCAUUUUAAUGACAUCACUGUCAAAUUGCAAGAGUUGAAAUUUGACAUCAGUGACUACAUCUGUAUAAAGUUUAUGCUUCUACUUAAUCCAGAUGUUCGAGGGAUUACCAAUAGGAAACACGUUCAAGAAGGAUAUGAACAAGUCCAGCAAGCUUUACUCGAAUACACAGUUACAUGCUAUCCACAAGUACAGGAUAAAUUCAACAAGAUGCAACAACUGUUACCGGAAAUCCACAGCUUAGCGGCGCGAGGCGAAGAACAUCUCUACCACAAACACUGCAGUGGCAGCGCUCCGACGCAAACCCUUCUCAUGGAGAUGCUCCACGCCAAGAGGAAAUAA